CGCGUACUUCUACUGUGGCUUUCCCUCCAUACUCUGUAUUUCAUUACCAAUGGCCCAUACAAUGCCAAUAUGCACAGAGCCACCGCAGCCAGAGAAUACAAUUGACCAAACCCCCGACUCCAAAGUCAUAGUGGUCACUGUGCCGUUCCUGGCGCAAGGCCAUCUCAACCAAUUCCUCCAUCUCUCCCGCCUCAUCUCAUCUCACGGCCUACAAGUAUACUACCUCGGUUUUAGUGUAGAUAUCAGCGUCGCUCGGCGGCGGCUCCAGGGCUGGGACCCUCUGGCUUAUCCAUCGCUCCGAUUCCAAGAAUUUCCAAGCCCUCCAUCUUACAUCUCAGGAGCCGACCCGGCCACAGAACUGACAUCCUUCUCCGACAUCAUGACCUCCAUAAUCGAAUCCUGCGACCACAUACGUAGGCACAUCGCGGAGUUUCUUGAUGACAUAUCUAGAAAAUGCGAGAGGUUAGUGGUCGUUCAUGACUCACUCAUGGCAACCGCGGUUCAGGACGCGGCUUCCAUUCCCCAUGCCGAGGCCUACAGCUUCAACGCCGUGUCGGCUUUCACCAACGCGACGGUUGUAUGGGAAAUCGCUUCGAAAGUACUCCGCGUCCCGCCUUUCCUUUCAAAGCUGGCCGGAAAGCUCCUCCUCCCUUCCAUGGCAGUGAUCCCAGACUCUCUUCCGUCCCUAGAUAGCUGCUUCUAUCCCGAGUUCUUGAAGUUCAUGUCCGUGCAACGCUCGGCCAAUUCCAAAUUCUGCUCCGGGAAUAUUUUUGACACGUGUAGACCGGUAGAAGGCCCGUAUCUUGAAUUGCUCGCCAAGUUCUAUAGACUCACCGGAAAAGGGAAGCUCUGGGCUAUCGGUCCGUUAAAUCCGGUGACAACCCGAGAAAAGAGUGAACCCAAAGUUUGUCUUCGUCACAGAAGUAUUGAAUGGCUGGAUAUGCAGCCGCCAAAGUCGGUGGUUUUCGUUUCAUUCGGAACUCUGACGUCACUUUCCAGCGAGCAGAUCUUGGAGCUGGCAAAGGGGUUGGAACAGAGCCAACUGAAGUUCAUAUGGGUCGUAAGAGACGUUCUGAAAGGAGAAACAUGGUUGCCGGAAGGAUAUGAAGAAGGAAUAGAAGGGAAGGGUCUUAUUCUCCGAGAUUGGGCCCCGCAGAUGGAGAUCUUGGACCAUCCCUCGACAGGAGGGUUCUUGACCCACUGCGGGUGGAAUUCAUGCAUGGAGAGCAUAGUCAGGGGAGUGCCGAUGGCGACGUGGCCGAUCCAUUUCGAUCAGCCGAGGAAUGCGGUGCUGAUGACGGAAGUGCUAGGAAUCGGGAUAACGGUGAGGGAAUGGAGUCGACGGGACGAAGUGAUAACGUCCGAUGUCAUAGCGGAUGCUCUUAAGAGACUGAUGGUCCGGCCGGAAGGGGCAGAGAUGAGGAGAAGGGCUGUAGAACUGGGCGAAGCUUUGAAGCAGUCUGUUAAAGAUGGUGGCCUUUCUCGAGUUGAGAUGGCUGAUUUCAUUCAUCACAUUACUAAUCCCAUGGCACCUAUGGGUGCUUAUGGAAGGCUCCCCUUUUCGUUUUUGAAAAACAUUUGGUACUUUUGGUUUGGAAACAAACAAAAAAAGAAUAUUUGAAGGACUAUAUAAUUCAACUCCUUAAAUGGGUACUUAAUGUUGUUACCAAAAGAGUUGCUUGAAACGAAUUUUAUUGUUAUGAUAUUUCAUCCCAAUAAUAAAAAUACAUCCCCUCGUUCCAUUAUGUUUUUAUUACUUUUAUUUUGAGAAUUUUGCAAUACAAACUGGACACUAGUUGUGAGGU